AUGGCACCUGCAUUGAUAGAGUCAAAUUCCGGUACCGUUUCUAAGGAAAAAUCCUACGGAGACGGCAACCCCAGCAUCUCUAAUGGGAUCAGCAAAAGUAAUGGGGCAGUACCAAACGGAACCGGGAAGGAAGACCAAGGAAGGACAAUGUUGGAAAACUUACUCCUUAGGGACGAGGAUAUUUUCCAGACCUCUCUUAAUUCUGAAGACUAUCUUGAAAGUUUGGCUCCCAUAAUCAAAGAUUCAUUGCGUUCCAAUGGGUUGUCUCAAUUGAUCACCAAGUUGAAUGAAAUUGUGCAGGAUAAGGACGAGGAGUUGAACACUUUAUCGUUGAAUUCCACUCGUGACAUUGACACUUCUAUCGAUGGAAUCGAUAGCAUUCACAUUGAGAGUGACGACUUGAACAAAGCCUUACUAAGAAUCAAUUCAUCGCUCAACAAAUCCGUGUUUGAGUUGAUUCUGAAGAAGAAGCUAUUGAUCAAAUUCAAGGAAGUUUCCAGUAAGAUUGGUGAAACGAAUAAUACACUCAACUUAUGUCUUCAAGUAUUGGAGAUCACAAACAAAUCACAUGAACUUAUCAAGCAAAAUAAAUAUUUCUCAGCCCUCAAGCUUAUUGAUGAAUUAACAGGGUUGCACUUACCUAAGGUGAAAGAUUUCAGUUUUGCAAUGAAGAUAUAUGAUAGUAUUCCCUUGUUAAGGAAGAUGAUUCAGGACGAAAGUUUUGAGAACUUGGGCAAGUGGCUCUCGAUAAAUUUGGAGAGGAAACUUUUGGCGAUAGGAGAAGGUGGGUUUGAAGGCAUAUACGUCUUGCAAGAUGACUGGGAAAGAAGAAGAAGUGAGAGCGGAACAACAGGCUCCAACUUAGUUUUUCUCCCCUACAAGGUGAAUCUGCCCAUAGAAAUAGCCUCACGAGACCCCAAGUUAAACUAUGACAUCUUCGAGGACGAAAGCCUUCAAAUAAGCCUUACCAUACUUUACGACGUGAUAUUAGUUUACCAAACACUUAACGAGGAGGAGCUAUUGAUAAAGUUAUAUAAUAAAGAGUGGAUGAAGAAAUACAAUAGGAUAAUAUACCCGAUAACCAGUACCACUGCUGCGCACAAUACGUCCAAAUCGAAUAAUAACAACAAUUUACCUACAUUCACUAUAGCGUCUCUUGAAGAUUAUCUCAAGAAGAUUGCAGCAUUUUUCAUCAUGGACAUUCAAAUCAAUCGUACGACCAAAUUCCAGCUCCGUACCGAGACUUCUUCUCACGAUCUUUGGGAAUCAUAUUCAGUUAAAUUAAAACCAGUACUAUUUAACCAUCUACAACUAAUCAGGUCGAACCCAAAUUCCCACAUAGACGAUAUCAUUAUAUUCAAAGACCUCAUUGGUAACUUCAUGCAGGUUAUGGAGAAUUCAGGAUAUAAAAUUACAGAUUUGUAUGAUGUUUUGAUGGUAACUUUCCGUGAGUAUUAUGCUCCAGAAUUGAUCGACCAAUUUAGAUUGGAGUUCUUAGAGUCGAUUCAGAGUGAUCACUACAUGCCUCUUAUAGUACAAGAUAGACAAGAUUAUGACAACGUAAUGAAGAUUUGCUGGUACAAGGCAGGAUCACCAUUCGCGCCUAAUUUUGUGAAGCUGAUGCCCAUCAGCUUUCCCUUUAGUGAGGAUUACGUCCACUAUUGUUUGGGAAUCAGAUCCCUUUUAGAAGAUAUCAUUACCUUUAUUAGCAAGUACUACGGGUAUGAAUUAAAUCAGCUAAAUGAAAUUAUCUUGAAUGACAUAUUUGAAAAGGUGCUUGGUGAAGUAAAAGGUAAGGGUAUAGGGCUGGAUUUGAAAGAUUUUAUUAGCAGGAAUGAAAACAAUAAGGAAAUUAUAUCACAGAGCUAUACUAAUUUGGAAUACUAUUUGUACAGUUUGUAUGAAUUAGGUAAACUCUUGAAUAGGAGAUUGAGACAACAUACUGGAGUAGGAGUUGGUUUGCAAGCGCUGACGAGUGCACAAUCACAAAACCAACAACAAAUUCAGCCAGCGGGUGUAGAGCAAGGUGGUCCAGUGCUCAAGGCAGUAGCUACAUUCACCGCAAUCAGAAAGUUUGCCGAAAAUACCAUAUUCAAGAUGGUUGAUUCUAAGAUUCGUGAACUUUUAGAUAUGGUUGAGUAUGAUGACUGGAUGCCACAACAUCGGAACUUGGAACCAAAUUACUCCAUUAAGGAUUUCGCUCUUUUCCUUGAUAAUCUUUUCACAUCGAUUUUCCACUCGCUCCCACUGUCUUUCAGAACACUAGGUCUCUUUAGGUCGUACGAUUUCGUUGCAGAACACUUCCUUAACAUUUUGAAAGAUGUACCACGUUACAACCGUACUGCCAUCGAGAACUUUGACCUUGACAUCAACCAUUUAGAAGAAUCUAUGAGUAAAUUAUACUCUGAGGAAUUGGAGAUGCCUGAAGAUCUCGGUGCUGACGAAUCAGCGGGAGGUGCUGUUGCAUUACAGUCUACAUUUACUGAGCUUCGUCAAUGUAUCGACUUGCUCUUACUUGAAAACUAUGAGGACUUUAUUAAAAAUCUGACAAAUAGAAUGAGAAAGUUCGAUAGAGUGAAGUAUGAAGAUGGUGUUCAGUUAAUCUCCAAGAUCUAUCCACCACCAAAUAUCAAUGGAGCAGGUGGUAGCGGAGUCGGUGGGGAAACCGGCGGUCUAGGUGGAAGUCUUGAUGGACUCGACCAGAACCAUUCUGGAAGUACUAUUGGACUCGUCGAUUCAUCUGGUAACGCAUCUCCAGCAAGGCUCGGCCUGCCAGGACCACUGCUUAUGUCGUCAUCCACGGCUCAAAAAUUUGCUAAAUUCAGCAGCAAGUUCCGCCCACAAAACCAAUGA